AUCAAAGUGAGGGUUUUUUUGAUGAGAAAUAUUUACUUGGCACUAUUAACCUUUUUACAAACGAAGUGAUAUUUUUAUCUAGCGUAUAAACAAAAAAAUGUGUGUUUGUGUAAAGUGUAUAGCAAUCAUUUGGAAUAUCAUCAGUCUUUGAAUAAUUUCAUUUUCUCUCUCUACUUUAUUAUAGGAACCGCAGUCAUUUUAACUUGGAAAUCGUUUAUAUGACGCGAAUCGUUGAUAAGCAGUUUUGUAUAAAACAGUAGCCGGUGUCUCCUUGAUUAAUAACUGUGUGUGUGAGUUUGUGUCUUUAUAUAAAAUUUUAUAGUGAUGACAGUGAAGGUGAUUAUAUGCAAACAAUAUUAAAUAUUGUGUGUGCUGUGUGUCUAUAUGAGACAAAGUAAAAAUUUUUUUGAGGAUUACUUCUACUUUACAUACCUACAUACAUACUCUCGGAGAUAUAAUAUCCUAUUAGUGGAUUUUUGAAUAGUUCAUGGUUAAUUAAUUCCUCAGAUAGGGCACGCUUCGCCUCCUCCUCCAACACCGGUUUCAAUAACACCUACUACAACAAUUUCCACCGCCUGCGGUCAGUCACUGCUGCAGGAUUCCCCACCUCGUGGACCACGUACUUUACUUCUGCGACGUAGCAAAAAUGGCUUUGGAUUUACCCUUCGACACUUUAUCGUCUAUCCGCCUGAGUCCUGUUACAUGUUACCGGGACACGAGCGGACGAAGAUUGAAGAGCCGAUGGACACGAUCUUCGUAAAACAGGUGCAUUCAAAUUCACCGGCAGAAGAAGCGGGCCUCAGGACUGGUGAUCGAGUUGUUGCUGUCGAUGGAAUUCCGACAAGAGGCGAACAGUACGCGAGUGUUGUUCAACGAAUUCAUCAAGCGAAUCCAUGGCUGCGACUUCUUGUUGUCUCUAAAGACGACGAUAUUUUGCAAAGGUAUUUCGGUGAAACGGCCCACAAUCCGGAGACGAAUCAACGGCCAAGAUUGCGAUCACCUGAGAGAUUGACGCAAAAACAGAAACGAGCGAUCGGCAUGAAUCCGGCGAAUACAGCGCGCGCAAGACAAUCCUGGAUUUGUUCGCCUCCUGGUUCGGAAAAUCAGGGCACUGUCUCGCACUAUGGCUUGCGGAAGGAUUCGCUUUCCCUCUCUGAGGAUCAGGCGAUCGCUAAUGAGUCCUCCACCUCCUCGGCACCUGCUCUCUUACAAAGAAAAUCACUUGACGAGAGGGCACAAAGACGAGCCUCUCCACCGUCACUCAAUCCGAAGGAGACUCCCGAUCCUCCACUGCGAUCGAAUCGAAACCAAAACGAUGCCAGGUACGACUUACACGACAGAACGCGACCCGAAUCGAUAUACUCUCGAACGAGUAGCGAUCGAAUUUACGAUCGAAUAAAAGAUCCACUUUACGAGAGAGUAAAUCAAGACUCAUCAACAUUUACCGAAUCACUGGAUCGACAUUGUUUUCCAAUUGCUCGCGCCGAACCUCAAAUAAUGCAUCGUGGCAGUAAACGUGUUGUUGCACGUCGCGCAAGUGAAGGAAGCGGUCCAAUGAGUGAAUCAGAUCUUGCAAUUUAUGGCAGUGUCAAUACAUUUGAUUCACGUUUGAGUGUGAAUUCGCGUAGGGAUUCAUCGCCGGCAAGUAAGGACAGUAGUCUCUCGUCUUUCGAUUCAAAUUCAACGCUCACUGGUAAUGAGGGUUUCGACAAUUCCUAUAUUAUGAAUCGUUUGAAAAAAAGUGUCGAGCAAAAGGAGGAAUUUCUUCGCAGGCCAAGUCAACCAAUUGGUUGGCUAUCGAGUGACAAUCCCACUGGACCAUUACAAUGUCAAAGUGUCAUUCAACGUGAAUUUUAUGCGCGACCACAAAAAUUACAGAGACAAGUUUGGCCUCCCAAUGAAUUUCAUCAUCAGCAAAUAUCAAGACAGAGAGCAAUUGCCUAUCCGGAUGAUAGAUUGAAACCUCUACCUCGACAUCAUCAUCACCAUCAUCAUCAGCAGCAGCUUCAGCAGCAGCAACAUAGAAUACAAAAUUUAAAUGAUUCCGAUUGUGUACGUAAUGAACAAAUUGAAAUGAAUCGCGAUACGCGCGAUCGUUUUUAUGCGAUUCCAUACGAUAAUAAUAGUUGUAGUGCGUCAAAGGAAAAUAAUCAUAUGAUAGGAAAGAAUGGUGAACAAAUGAAAAUCAAUGCAAAUUCAUCGAGCACGUCUAGUAGAAAUAGUCCGUCGUCGAAUAAAAAUGCUUUUAUAACGACAUUAUCGAGAAUACAUGAGAAUGUAACGAGUGCUAUUCAACAGAAUCAGGAGGCGAGAAAUGGAACUUCGUCAUUGCCGUCGUCGCCGGGACUUGAUAAGAAGGGUAAUGAUAAAUUUACCAUUCCACCGCAGGGCUUGCAGAUUGUUUCGAGGCGUGCGAAACAAUUUGAAUUGGGAAAAUUAAUGAGCGACGAUGAUGAGCCAACGAGCGAUCGGACGAAUCUUUAUAAAAGUGAAUUGUCACGAUUGUCAAAUAAAAGAAGUGUGCCGAAUGUUGCCGUUAGAAAACGUGAAUUUGAAUCGAAGGCAGAGACGCAGGAGACUAGAAGAUUGGCCACCGGUCGGGAGAGUAAAUCGCUUGAUGGAGGUAGUGGAUUAUCCGGAAACAGAAUCAUACCCAUUGGCAGCAAGUACAUCCAUUGUGAACCUCCAACUGGGUAUAGGAAUCAUAAAGAACCACCCACGGAAAUGGAACCAGUACGAUUAAGAGCUCGAAGCAACAGUGCCGAUUCAUGGGGAGCCGUGACUGAUCCUUCCGGAAGGAAUGCCAGACAUACUUGGCAGACAGAGUCGGAAGAGAAUUUAGAAGAGAAUUACAACAAAGCUAAAAGACAAGACAGCUAUUUGAAAGCAAUCAGAUCCCAGAACGAUCAUCGAGAGAGUGCAGCUUAUAAGAUGAAGUCUUCAGAAUCAGAUAGGACGAAAUUUCCCUUUCCUUCAUUAGCAAUUCCAGACGUAAUUCCCGAUUUCGAUUGUCCACGAACGACCCCAAUGGUUACAAUAAGUCCACCCACGCCAGUGAGACCAAAUAAAUUGACAAUUCUUAAUCCUCUCCGCCCUCUUGAAAAUUCUGACGAAUAUUUCAAUGGUCACUACAAUCAGAAUCAAUCCACGCAGCCCGAUUUGGAUAAUUUCGAGGUCAUGAAAAAUUUAGGUUCAAAUGAAGAUGGCGAUAGUAAUGGGGUUGUUAGACGACAGAAGAAUGCUCAGAUCAGUGACGAAGAUAGGACAACAAGACGAGUCUCCUACUUGAAAGCUACUUGGGGCGAGCGAAUGCAUAUUGACAGCGACUUAGAACUCAGCGAUACUGAACCAGUUCAAUCAAUGAGAAGUUCUCAUAAGCGAUGGCGACCACCUUUAUUUCCGAGCGAUAUUGCGCCACUUCGACGCCUCUUCGAGGAAAUGACACAGGGCGUUUAUUUGCCAUCGCAAAGGCAUCGGAAUAGCAUCCUGGGCUCGAUUGGCUCCAAUAGCGGCAGUGGGACACCCAGAGACGCAGAACCUAUCGAACGAGAAGGAUCUCUUCACGUUAAAUUCACUGUGCUCGAUGGCAAACGAUCUACCGAUCGUUCCUGGAAGCAAGUUUGGGGCGUUCUUCGCGGUCAUAUUCUUUAUUUUUACAAGGAUCGACACAGUCAAAGCCCAUCAACAAAUGGCGAAGGCGAUACAGUACCGAGUGUAGAUACGCGAUGUGCCUUAGUAGAUAUCGCGGACGAUUACACGAAACGAAAACAUGUGCUACGAAUAACGAAUUCCACAGCAGAAGUGCUCUUGCAAACCGAGGAUGCUGCUUCUAUGGCUCUUUGGUUGAGAGCGUUUAAAAUUUUCGCUACCGAGAAACAUACAGAUACAAGUGCGAAUACAGUGAAACAGCCAGCCUCACCUCAAACACCGGGACCAAAUUCAAAUACAAAUCAAAGUGGUGGACAACAACGUUUGAGUCCGUUGCCAAGUCAUAAAGGAAUCAGAAAAUUGACGUCCUUUCGAAAUCGUUCACCCACGGGACAAUCGCCAGUCAGCAAAACUCGUAAACCAAGUCAGGCUAUUGAAAAUUUACCAUCGCCGAAAUCGAAAACUUGGAAGGGAAGAAUGGCGAAGCAAUUUAGAAAAAUGCACGGACAAGCUGGCUCACCAUCAUCGCCGACUGCUCAACUUCCUCCCGAAGGAGCGACUUUUAAAGUACCCUUGGAACUUUGUCCGCAGUCCUCAUUCUCGGAGUUCGUGCCUUUGAUCGUCGAAAUUUGUACAAGCAUAGUCGAGGCUCGGGGUCUUGAAGUCAUUGGAAUUUACCGAGUGCCAGGAAAUACGGCGGCAAUUUCUCAAUUAACAGAAAGUGUGAACAAGGGAAUUGAAAAUAUAAAUCUUCAGGAUUCAAGAUGGACCGACGUCAAUGUGAUAUCAUCUCUGCUCAAGUCAUUCUUCCGACUACUUCCAGACUCUCUCUUAACGGCUGAACUCUAUCCGAUGUUUAUUGACGCUGAUAAAAUAAGCGAUCCACAACGAAGAAUGGCGACAAUUCGUAAAUUACUGCGAGAUUUACCCGAACAUCAUUUUGAAACACUGAAAUAUCUCAUGUAUCAUUUGAAGAAAGUCGUUAAUCACAGUGAAGCUAAUAAAAUGGAGGCGAAGAAUUUGUCCAUCGUCUUUGGACCAACUUUGGUAAGACCUAGCGGCUCGAGGGAUAAUAUGGUAACCAUGGUUACUGAGAUGAAACAUCAAUGUACAAUCGUCGAAAGCUUGCUAAAUAAUGUCGAUUGGUUCUUCUCAGAAGAAGAUUUAGACGAUUUAAGCAGGCUCUCAGUAAACUUGAGUAUACCAACGGAUGACAAUGAAAGUGAACUAGCAAAUCAUAGUCUCUUGUUAAACAACAUUCAGAAAGUUGAAGGCAUGCGUGAAAUGAUCACAGCUAGGGACAUUGUAUCCUCAAUCAUAUCCGCAGCUAAUAGGAAAAUUCAGAGGAGGAGGAAGGGACACGAGGAGCCGGAGAAUGAUGACCACGAAGACGAUAAGCUAAAAGGAAAACAGGAUGAGAAUUCACCGACCGUUCGGCAGAGUAUGGCUCUCAAUGAUCGACAAUGCACCGUCAGUGAAAUAGUUCAAAUGCACGAGAGUAAAAAUCAACCGGGUCGUUCCUCGGAGCAAACAACCACCACCACCACCACCUCCACGGGAAACGGAAGCGGAAGCAGUAAUAGUCCUCCAAAUACAAAUAAUUCGCGAGGGAAAUAUUCAAAAAAUCCCACAGAACAAGAACAACAAAUUAUCAUUCCUCAAUCUUCUGAAAUAUUAAAAACAAACGAAGCGAGCGGAACACUGGACACAAAUACGACGACACCUUCGAAUAAUUCAAAUGACACGAAACACAAUAAUGACGAGGUCGCUAUUCGUACUUACACGGGUUUAAGUGCAACGACACAAGAGAGAAUUAGAAAAUUUGAACAGGAAACAAUGACAAUGCUACAGAGGGAUCAACAUCGACAGAGACGUGUUGCCGAACGUCACGAGGAGGAACGAAAGAGAAUUGAAAAGGAAUGGCAAAUUGCAAAAUCAGAAAUGGAAAACGAUGAUAUUUUGGAUACAAUAGUCGAUACAACGGUUGCGCCGAAUUUUCUCUCGGAACGAUUGUCGAAUUUAAAUGAUAGAAUUGUUGAUCGAUCGUCAAUUGAUUUGACUGAUUGUCAUGUGAGAUCGAAGUCAAGUACGAGGCCAAUUCCUUUAUCGAUUGCUGUACAGCAACAACAACAGCAACAAUCGACAGCGAAACAAAAAGCACAAGCCAGCUCACAACUCAGUAAUAUUCUAGGCGAGAAAAUGAAUAACGGCGUCAUCAAAAAAUUUAAAACGGAUAAAGAGCAAUCACCGGAUUCUAAUUUAUUGGCACCGACUCGUUAUGGAAGUUUAGACUCUCUGCACGAGAUUCAUGGUUAUUCGUCAUCGUCCCCCUCGCAACAACAUCGAGGACUUCCUGGAGAUAUUUCUGAUGAUGGUAGCGAUCUCUUGACCAGCCUGACAUCAACUUUCGAUCGCAAAUGGAAAUCUCUGGUGAAUCCUGCAAAUCAAUCUCCGUCUUCUGUUGAAACUCUGAGUGUCGCCAAUGUUUCCCCUCAAGUCAAGGAAGAAAAACCCAUUGAACGCAAUCCAAUUCGGCAUUCAUCGGAAUAUCGAGAUCCCAGCUUACAUCGAUCGACUAAUGAUAAAGGCAGAUCUCUUCAUUCAAAGACCGAUGUUCCCGAGAAAGAUUCAGACUCGGGAAUAGUGGAUACAACCGAUUCGAGUGUGACCGAUUUACCAGAUAACGAUCGUCAUGUAUCGUUGAAAAAAUCCCCAGAAGAUAAAGCGACAUGCAGUACAUUUCUCGACGCAAGUGAAAAGGACGAAUCAUUAUCAUCAAGUGUAAAUCAAUCAUUAUCGCCAAUGCGACAAAAGCGCGAUGCCGAUUCAACAGUCGAAUCACAGGACAAUCAAUCAUGCUCACCAGACGAACAUCAAUCAUCGAGAAACGAGAAUUCCCAAACAAAAAACGAUUGCAUCGAUCCAUCGUAUACGAAAAAAUUGAAAAAAUUUGAAAGCAUGAGUCAAACAACAGAGCCACGUUCACGAUUAAAACGUUCUGAAUCAUUAAAUAAACGAACAGAAACAGUGACAUCAAAGCUAAAGCGUUCCGAAAGUUUAAAUAAACAUUCAUCAGAUCGACCGCUCACAUCGCCGAAUAAUGGAAAAUUAAAAAGAUCCGAGAGUCUUAAUAAAAAUUCCGAUCGUUCAUUAUCGCCCAACAGUAAAUUAAAACGUUCUGAAUCAUUGACAAAGACUGAGAAAACAGAAUCAAAUAUUAGUAAACGAAGACAAUCGGUGAGAAAGGAGAGUGCAACAAAAUUAAAGAGAAAAAAUGGUAUGCCCGAGCGUUCCAUUAAACGGCGACAUACAGUUGGCGGGACCAAGGACUUUGAUAAAGUACACUGGCUUGAUAAUAAAUUACAAACAGAAGCGGAGAAAAUAAUUCGUAAUGAUAGUAAGACAACGAAAAAAAGUCAGUUACGCACCAGUUCACCAGAUCUCAGCAGCAAUCGAUUUAAUCUCGUUGACACCAGUUUUCUUAUUGAAGUUAGCUUUCGUGGACCCAGUAAUGUCGUGUUUAAUGUUACCAACACCCGUCCCCAGUCGCUCCCCGACGGGAGUCUCACAUCGAAAGUCUACAAAGUGCCCCUAGAAAGUCACGUUUAAUAUACGAAAAAAAAAAGUAGAGAACAGAUUAGCGCAACAUACACACAACAAAAAAUUCCAACGAGCCAAAAUGAAAGGACCAAUCUGCUGCACGUUUUUUUUUAAUUUUUUUUUAACCAAGUGACAGAAAAUUGGAAAAAAUUUUCAGGUGAGAAAUUUUUUUUAUUUUUUUGUUUAAAAAUCAAUGGGGGGGAAUUAAAAAGUUUCGAGAGAGAGA